AUGACAAAUCGAAUGGAAUAUAUAAUUUCACCAUGGGAAAUCGAAUCGUAUAUAGAAAAUCUGCAAAUUUCUGAUCUUGAAGACAUUGGAACCAAAGGAUGGUUCGAAUUUCAUAAAAGAUUAAUGUUAUUAAACCAACAAAGUGUAUUAGAAAUUAGUGCCUUGCGAGAAGAAAGUACUAAGGAAUGGUUUGUUUCCUUUAAAAAGAUACCUAUACUUAUAUAUGAAGCUAUACAGAUUGACAUAUGGAAGCAUAAAGUAUUUCCACUCUUGAUUGAAAUGAAUGAGGAGCCGAAAAAUACUUUUAUGUUUUACACUAUAUUUUAUCACGAAGAUAUUGCUGUUUCAUUAUUGGAAAACGUAUUAUUUCACUGCGAAAGUGCCGAAACUAUGAAUGAUUCUGUUCUCGAUCUUGUUGAUUAUUCUGUUAAAUCUGUAUCUUUACUCCUUGAUGUUCCAAAUAUCGAAAUUUAUGAAAGUGUAAAAGAUCCAAAUUCAUGUCUUGAAGACAUAUUUGAGAAAAAGAAAGAAUUUGAAUUUGAUAUUGGCAUGCGUUGUAUUUCCAUUCUCCGUUAUUUGGCCGAAUUUGCAGACAAUUUACCGCUAUGUGUAUUAUCACGAUUAUUAGCUACUCAUGAUGUACCUUAUUUACUUGUUGAACUUCUUGAAAAACAUCCAUGGAAAAAAGAAAAUGCAGAAGGGGAAAGUAUGUUAUAUAAUAGUGGUUGGAAAAAAGUAAAAUUAAGUGAAGAGGGAAAAAUUUCUAAGAUAGAAGGACAAAUUUGGUUUGGUUUACGAGAAUUAUUGCUUAAUCCAAAAAGUGCACCCUAUUAUGAAGUUACUGAACACAGAUUUUCCCAGUUACUCAAGUUACAGAAAUAUUUGCACGAAUGUGUACUGGAUCAAAUUUCGCCUUUAAUAGAUCUAAAACGAUGGUUAAGUUAUUUAAGCAUUUCGUCUACUUACAUUAGUACACCACAAGCAGUAAAUGUGGAACUUAUACCACAGAUAAAAUCAUCAAUAAUGGAGAAAUAUCAUAAAAAGUGGAAGAAAAUAGCAAAGCACCAAUCAAAAUUUAUAUAUACAACAGAUGCUAAUUAUAUUAAAAAUGCAGCCCAAAUUUUAAGUGAUGCAUAUGAUUUAGACAAACUAGAUUGCAUUGAGGUUAAAGAAUGUUUUUUAUGUCAUGAAGAAGCAAAACAACGUUGUUCUAAAUGUAAAGAGGCAUGGUAUUGUGGAAGGGAAUGUCAAGUAAAAGAUUGGGUAAAACAUAAGAAUAUUUGUGACAAAAUAUCAAAAAAUGUAAAAUAU